AUGCUCACCGCGCUGACCUCCACCGCGCCUACUGCCCUGUCUUUAGCGCACAGCAGCACCGCCGUCCCGCCUUACAGCACGAGGCGUGUGGUCCACCGCGGCCGCGAGUUCUUCAGCGCGCAGGUCCAGCCGGCGGGUCACGGCGCUCCGGUGCCUCCUCUCGUGCUCUUGCCUCCGGUCGGGGUUGGUAUCGACCGCGCCUUCUACAACCGGCUGCACCAGGAGUGGCACGCCCUCGGUUCUCCGGCAGCGAUGCAUUCGUAUGACCUGCUCGGAACGGGCGACGCGAGCCCCAAGCCGCGCCGAUUCUACUCACCAGAGGUGUGGGCGGCUCAGCUCGACGACUACUUGCGCGAGCAUGUUAAGACGCCGAGCGUGCUCGUUGUGCAGGGCGGGCUGCUUCCGUGCGCCCUCGAGGUGUGGCGGCGAUCGGGGCGCGAAGCCGUGGCCGGCGUCUCGCUGCUGUCGCCGCCGCCGCUCCGCUUCUUCUCCAAGGGAGCCGACUCGCGAAAGUUCUCUCGAAGGACGCAGCGGCUCCUCUGGGCGGCCUCCUGCUCGCCCGCCGGAAACCUCUUCUUCCGGAGGCUCCGAGGAGGGUCUCCUCCCGGCGCGCGGAUCCGCGAGUUCACCGAGCGGUCGCUCUUCGCCUCCGAGUCCGACGUCGGCGCCGAGUGGGUGAAUCACCGCUUCUCGACCUUCUCGUACCUCUGCGGCUCCAUCCCUCCCGGCGGCGCGUGGCGGGACGAGCGCACCGACGUGUUCGACUCGCUAGACGUGCCGCUCCAGCUGCUGCGCGGCGACUAUGGAGGCCUGGAGAACGCGACGACGAAGGCCGAGGAAUUGCUCUCACGCGCGCGUUUGCCCGCGCGAGAGUGCUCCGCGAUUGUACUGGGCAGCCGCGCUUGCCUGGCGUACGAGCGACCCGCACCCACCGCUCGCAUGCUCGCCCGCUUUAUGGAACGGCACUACCGCGCGCCGCCGGCGAGGGGCAUACCGGCCGGUGGUGACGCAGGUGUGGUCACGCCCUUUUAG